AUGCGCAUGCGUACUCAAGCUCUUGGGGGUCUAUGCCCUUGGAGAAGACUUGGAGUCGCGCCCUUUUUCAAGCGAGGGCUGUUAACUCAAAGCUAUGCUCGAGGUCCUUCUCAGCCACCUUUGAUCGAGUCAACCAUUGGAGAUCACUUCGCAAAAAUCGUGGCUGAACACGGUGAUCGAACAGCUGUUAUUUCCAAGCAUCAAAAUGACCGUGUCACAUAUGCGUCCCUCGAUGCUCGAAGUAAUGCCCUGGCUCGGGGGCUUGAGUCAGUGGAAAUCAACAAGGGGGAUCGGGUUGGCGUUAUGCUUGGAAACUCCAUGGAAUAUGCAGUGAUAACAUAUGCUUUGUUCAAGCUUGGAGCUAUUCUGGUCCCACUGAAUCCCUCCUUCAACUCGGCACAGAUCGCAUCAGCAUUGGGGCACCUCGGAGCCAGUCAUCUUAUAAUCAGUGCAGAGUCUAAUCUUCCCCGCAAAGAUCCUCGCAGCAACAUCCCGUUGCUCCAACAUCUGGUGGAGGACCUCUCAAGCUCAAAGCUAAGCUCGAGUUUGGUCCCCACUUUGAAGCAGAUUAUCCUCGUCGACAACUCCGCCGGUCGCAUUGAUAUAUCAUCUCAUAAGAGCAUCAUCCCAUACUCAUCCAUCGUAUCCGAAUUAUCAGCAGACAAGCAGUCACUAACAGAACGAACCCUUUUUCCAGACGAAGUAGUAAACAUUCAAUUCACAUCUGGAACAACAGCUAUGCCCAAAGCAGCAUGCCUCACCCAUCGUUCCAUUCUUAAUAAUGGCUCUCAAGUCGGCGACCGCAUGCUUCUCACCCCCCAGGACGUGAUCUGCUGUCCACCACCCCUCUUCCACUGUUUCGGAUGUACGCUAGGGUACAUGGCGACAGCAACUCACGGCUCGUCCAUCGUUUUUCCAUCAGAGUCAUUCAACGCCCGCGCAGUACUAAGCGCAGUCAAAGAAGAGAAAUGCACAGCUCUCUACGGCGUCCCAACCAUGUUUUUGGAGGAACUUGGCCUCAUUGAAUCGGGAGAGAUCUCCGAUGAUGGAUUCCAGUACCUGCGAACAGGAAUUGCAGCUGGAAGUAGCAUUCCUUCGGAGCUGAUGAAGAAAUUGCACCGAGUACUCAAUCUGACCGAACUCACCAUUUGCUAUGGGAUGACGGAGACUAGCCCUGUCUCUGCUAUGACGCAUACAGAUGACCCUAUUGAUAAGCGCUUGAAAUCAGUUGGGCGCCUUAUGCCGCAUGUUGAAGCAAAGGUUGUGAAUCCCGCAGAUAGGAAUGAGAUUCUCCCCAUUGAGAAACGAGGCGAAUUGGCUGUCAGUGGGUAUCUAUUGAUGAAAGGUUACUGGGGAGAUCCCGAGAGAACAGCAAAGGAAAUGUUUGCGGAUGAGAUUGGGAAGCUUUGGAUGCACACUGGCGAUGAAGCGUCGAUGUCACCAGACGGGUACAUUACCAUCACUGGUCGCAUUAAGGACCUUAUUAUUCGGGGUGGCGAGAAUAUUCACCCAUUGGAAAUCGAAAAUUGCCUGUUGGCACACCCUGGUAUCGCCGAAGUGUCUGUGGUUGGUGUUCCAGACGACCGAUACGGCGAAGUUGUUGCCGCUUUUGUGGUUCUUCGAGAACCAGAUUCCGUUGGUGCUGAGGAGAUCCAACAAUGGGUACGGGAAAAGCUGAGUAGUCAUCUUGUUCCCAAGUAUGUUUUCUUUCCUGGGCCAUCGGAUCCUUCCCCGAAAACAGCAAGCGGGAAGAUCCAGAAGUUUAAGCUUAAAGAGCAAGCUAUAAAAAUUCUGACCGAAAGAGUGAAAGACCCCAAAGAGGCUAAACAUUGA